AUGGCUGCCGCCGAACAUAGUCUGCAGACCAUCCUGGACGCGGCCAAGCAAGCACCCCCACCUCCCAUAUCCAACGGCCCGGCUCUUAGUUGGAUGCCUCCUCAUGCAGGCCUAGAACACGGACAUUCUGCUGCGGGUCCUUCGACGCCUGUCCAGCGCACCAGUACCAAGCGUCGACUCGAGGACUCGGACGCGAACGACCCCCACCGCAAGAUUCGACGCGUCGUCCGGGACCAUGUCAGCAACGAUCCUGGGCGCGUCAUGCCCAUGACGACUGUAGUCUGCCUGCAUGCAGCUGUGGCGCAAAAGUCCUAUGGCAGCGAGAAGCGCUUCUUGUGCCCUCCUCCUGUCGUUCACAUCGAAGGUCCCGUAUGGAACCUGAAGUCACAGCAGAUGGCCAUGGCCGUAGUCACCGAGACUGAAGGCCCUUUGGACAACAGCUUGAACGCCAGCUUCAAGUUCCUUCAUGUCGCUGGCACUGCGAAAACGAAAAGCUUCCAACUCUCUCUUGACAUCGCGGAGCCGCCUGAUACCGCUCCCGAUGGUACCGAGCAAGGAAACGGGCGCGUUUGGGCGUCGUUCGACUCUGCGCCGGUGACUAUCAUCUCAAAGCCAUCAAAGAAGACAGCCAAGACGCGUAGCAUUGCGUCCUGUAUCCUCGCUGGAGGCCCAGUAUCAUUAUUUAAUCGCAUCAAUUCGCAGACAGUACGCACCAAAUACAUGACCGUUGACCGCGGCCAACUGUGCGCAAGUAACGUCGCCUGGUCCGCGUUUACCGUGAACGUCAUAAGCCGACCUGUUACAGCGGACGACGAAACACCCAUCGGUCCUGGUCCGCAGACCGUAUUGUAUGGCAGUAAGAUUAUCUUGCAAGACAACGUCACUGGCACCCCACACCACCGCUCGUCAUCCGAAAGGUUGAUAAGGGGAGAAUCACGCAGGACGAUGGUGGCCCCGCCAAUGCCUGGCACUCCUGGCGUGUCGUUCCGCCUACGCCAGGCCUCGCGAAUCAAGCAGGCUCCUCGUGUACGCGAAGAAGUCGCGAAUGGUCAGAACGUGAUCAUUGACGAAGUGGAUGAUUACUGUGCUGGACAAUCGUUGGUAUAUUACACGUUUUCGACGCCUUCGGUCAAAUAA